UCAUUUGAAUAUGAGAAGCGGUUGAAUUAAGAUGGUUUAAAAUAGCUUUAAAUUUAUUGUUAUUUUGGUGUUUUAUAAAAAAAUAAAAGUGUAUACAAUAGUCAAAGAAUGGAUUUAUUUUUUAAAUUUUCUGACGCUUUCUGGAAUGAAGAUUUUUGGUUGCCGCCAAAUGUAACUUGGAAAGAUAUUGAACCUGGUAGUCAUGGAAUAAAUCAUGCUGAUUAUAAAGAUCUUGUUUGGCCACUUCCGAUAGCUUUUAUUUUAUUAUUCAUUCGUUUUCUUUGUGAGAGAAAGUUUUUUCUGCCCAUUGGAAAGUAUUUGGGAAUAAAAUCAAACAGAGAAAUCCCACCUCCAUGGAAUCAAAUACUAGAAUUGGCAUACAAAAGUAAAUCGAAACUUGACGACGUAAUGACUUUGAAACUAUCUAAACAACUUGAUGUGGAGAACCGUGAAAUUGAACGAUGGUGGCGACGAAGAAGAGCUCAAGACAAACCAACAGCCCUCGAGAAAUUUUGUGAGAACUGUUGGCGAUGUUUGUUUUACUUGUUUAGCUUUUCAUUUGGAUUAAGCGUUUUAUGGGAUAAAAAUUAUUUAUGGAAUAUCUUACACUGCGCUUAUGGUUAUCCACAUCACGGAGUAUCAAGAGGUGUUUGGUUAUACUACAUGGUCUCUUUGGCGUUCUAUUGGUCAUUGAUGUUUUCACAAUUCUUGGAUAACAAACGAAAGGAUUUUUGGCAAAUGUUUACACAUCACGUUCUUACUUUGCUUCUCAUGUCCCUUAGUUGGGUUUGGCUUCCUCCAAACAUCACUUGGAAAGAUAUUGAACCAGGCAGUAGGGAAAAUAUAGAACAUGCCGACUAUAGACAUCUGCUAUGGCCUAUACCAAUUUCAUUUGUGAUUAUCAUUAUCAGAUUUACAGUUGAAAGAUACUGGUUGGCACCCCUUGGGAAAUCCCUCGGCAUAAAGUCAUCAAAAGCGAAACCACCAAUUCCCAAUAAGUCAUUAGAAGAAGCUUACAUGAAGUCAUCGAAACUGAACCAUAAAACGUUAUUGAAUCUCGCAAAGCAAUUUGAUUUAUCAGAACGUCAAAUUGAGAGAUGGUGGAGACGAAGAAAAGCACAAGAUAAGCCAACAACUCUUGUAAAGUUUUGUGAGAAUUGCUGGAGAUGCAUUUACUACACCUAUAGCUUCAUCUUUGGAAUGAUUGUGAUGUGGGAUAAGACAUGGCUUUGGGAUAUUAAGCAAUGUUGGUAUAAUUACCCUCACCAGUCGAUUCACAACGAUAUUUGGUGGUAUUAUAUGAUCUCUAUGGCCUUUUACUGGUCGCUGACCUUCUCGCAGUUUGUCGACAACAAACGGAAAGACUUUUGGCAAAUGUUCAUUCAUCACGUUCUCACUUUGGUUCUCACCUCAUUAAGUUGGAUCUGCAAUCUUCAUCGUGUUGGAUCAUUGGUGCUUUUGGUGCAUGAUUGUGCCGAUAUUCUCUUAGAAGCAGCAAAGUUUUUGAAAUAUGCAAAUUUACAAAAAGCAUGCGAUAUUGUUUUCGGAUUAUUUACAGUAACGUGGAUUGUGACACGUCUUGGAUUAUAUCCACGAAUCAUUUAUAGUACAACAAUCGAAGCGCCACGAAUUUUACCAAUGUAUCCAGUUUAUUAUAUUUUCAAUUCACUUCUCAUAAUGCUUUUGCUUCUGCAUUUAAUUUGGACUUACAUGAUUCUUCAGAUUGUCGUACAGACAAUAAAAGCCGGUAAGAUGGAAGGUGAUGUUCGAUCAAGUUCCGAUGAAGAUAUAACCGACAGUUCAGAAAAUCGGGAAAAACCUUUGGCAAAUGUUAUGUCGUAUCAAUCCAUCAACAAUAACCCAUUUCAACAAAGCCAAAGUUCAAAUGUUGAGGAUUCAGAAAUUGACGAAGAAGCCUCGCACAAUAUUAAAUUUACAAUUCCACCGAAUAAUAAUGAAAAAGCCCAAUGGAAUCACAUUGUGGAUUUAGAUUCAUUCUUUCGGAGGAUUUACAAAUACCACCAGAAAGGUGGAUUCAAAGUGAUAACGCUUCAGGAGCUUCUACAACUCCUUCAAAUAAUUUUAUUACUAAUCUUUAUUAUCUUUGCUGUUCACUGCGUAAACUAUCCCAUAUUGUUUAGGGAAGAAAUCUUAAAUAACAAUAAAACUAAAAUCACUAUCAACGAUGUUUUAUAUUCAUCAUCACAAUGUCAAGAUCGCUUUACUUUCUGGACCUAUUUUCUCAUUGUCGCUGCUGUGAUUUUCUGGAUAUUUCGUGCGAUCACAAUUUUCUUUCACAUCAUUCAUAAUUGGGAUAUCAAAUCUUUUUUCAAUGUAGCAUUAAAGAUUGAAGAUUCCGAGUUGGAGAAUAAUACAUGGCAUGAAGUUCAAAGACGAAUACGUCAAGCACAGUCGGAAAUGCAACUUUGUAUUCACAAAGAUAACCUUACAGAGCUUGACAUUUAUCAUCGGAUUCUUAGAUUCCAAAACUACAUGGUUGCAAUGAUGAACAAAUCGGUGCUUCCAUCUAAAUAUUAUAUCCCAAUUCUCGGCGAGGUCAAUGUACUCAGUAAGCUGCUUAUCCUCAACAUUGAGUUCAUUUUAUUUCGUGGACCAUUCGCAUGCUUCGAGAAUAAUUGGCAUCUUAAAGAAGAAUUCAAGAGAGCGACGAAGAGAAAUGAACUUGCAUCACAAUUAUCGAAACAUAUCGCGUGGUUUGCUCUUGUCAAUCUUCUUCUUGCGCCAAUCAUCUUCCUGUGGCAACUUUUAUUCUUCUUCUUCAGUUAUGCUGCUAUUUUGAAGAAGGAACCAAACUUUUUAGGAAUGCGAACAUGGAGUCAACAUUCAAAGCUUUAUUUACGUCAUUUUAAUGAACUUGAUCAUGAACUUGAAGCAAGAUUGAAUCGUGCAUAUCGUCCAGCAGUCAAGUUCAUGGACUCGUUCUCAUCUCCACUUUUGACAGUCAUCGCCAAGUUCAUUAUUUUCACAUUUGGUGGAAUUGGAGCUUUCUUACUUAUUUUAACAAUCAUCGAUGAAGACGUGAUUCAAGUUGAAUAUGUUUUGGCAAUUCUUACAGUAUGUUUCGCAGUUUCUGUGGGAGCUGCAAGUCUAAUUCCAGAUGAAAAUUUGGUAUUUUGUCCGGAACAGUUGAUGAAGAAUAUUUUAUGUCAUGCACAUUACUUGCGACCUGAAUGGCGUGGCUUCGCUCAUACAACAAAAGUUUGUCGUGAAUUUGAAGACUUCUUUCAAUUGAAAGCUUAUUACUUGUUGAAUGAGAUUUUUAGUCCAUUUUUGACGUUCUUCGUGCUUAUGUUUUCCUUGCGACCGAAAUCAAUCGAAAUCGUCGAUUUCUUUCGAAACUUCACAGUAUCUGUGAUUGGCGUUGGUGAUGUUUGUUCAUUUGCACAAAUGGAGAUUAGAAAACAUGGAAAUCCAGAUUGGCAAAUAACAAACAGUGCUGAAGAUCUUUCACCAGGUGUUGAAACCAAUCAAUACACGCAAGGUGAAAAUGGAAAAACUGAACUUUCGUUAGUUCAUUUCGCUUUGACGAAUCCAAAUUGGAAAAUGUCAACAGAAGCGAAGCAAUUUUUACGUGGAAUAAGAAAGCAUGCAAUUCAAGAUCUCAAUAAAGCCCGAACGAAUUUAGGUGGUGGAAUUGGAAAUCUUGGUGUGACUGCAAUGGGUCAAAGUUUGGGCAGUUUAGGCGAAGAAUAUUCUUCAGUUGUUCAAUCAAUUUUACAAAUUCAAAACUUAUCAUCAUCUCAGAAUCUUAGCAUGUCGAUGUAUCAACAACCAAACUACAACUUUACACAACAAAUUCCCAUCACACCACCAAACACAGCUCACGUUCAAGCUCAGUCAUCGACAACAACACCAACAUUCGACUUUGAACGCAUCUUACAGCAAAAUCUUACUGAUGGAUCGAUGCCCGGGCCAUUUAGAAGUCAAUUUUUGCCAAAUAUUAAUGAAGAUGAUGAUUCGGAUGAUCAACAACAACCAGAGCAUGAAUUCAUUCAUCCAGUGCCAUCAAAUCGUAGUGCAAUUGGUUUGAAUGCCAGCAUACGUGGUAGUUUAUCAAAACGUGAGGGUCCAGUUGAAGCAUCAAAGAAUGGACUGCUCUACAGUCUUUGUAACAUACCGCAAAACGAAGCUGUCUUCUCUCCAGAAUUUAUGACGGCUGACAUGUGCUUAAGUACACUUUACCUUCAUGAACUUCAUCAUAAACAACAAAUUAGACGUGGUGUAAGACUUGAGGCUAGUCAGAGACAUUUAUGGCAACGUCCACAUCAAAAUCAACCUGAACAAGUCAAUCCCGAAAGAACGCCACUUUUAAAGAAAACAUAGCGAAGAAAUGUUGCCGAGUGGGUGUAGUAGGAAAUAAACUCUUUAAAAUUUUAUCCAUUGACAAACAUUAAACACUUAAAUGAUCAUAAUAAUGUACAUAACAAUUUUCUGUUAAUCCACUGUCAUUUGUCUGCUUCAAUUAACAACACUUCAAUUUGUUUGAUUAAGACAAUACAAAUUCUGUUCAUCUCCCAUCAAUCAAAAGAUGAUUUAACAAGAAAAAAAAGUUUAAAAUAAACAUUUGUUGAAAAUCAAUGAAAAUGUUGUUUUAAUUGUGUCAAAACUUCUUCGUUUCUUCUUGAACUCGCCAAA